AUGCCUCAAUCAUAUCGAAAACAUAGCUCCAAGAGUUCCACGUGUAGUCGGGACUCUCGAGGUAGCUGUGACUCGGUCGAUUCCUAUGAGACGUAUCAAUCACAAAGCACAACGCCCACCUCCUACUACGCAAGCACCGAGGCUUCAGUCAAAGAGACGAAGCCUGUCUCCAGCAAGUUUCAACCCGUUUACGAGGAGGACAUCUCCCCGUCAACGAGUAACUGCCCGAGGGCAUCUGUCGAGACUUUUGAUUCGAGCUUAGCUUCCGAGGACGAGGAUGACCUUGAGCUUCAGCGAGACAUCGACAUGGACAGUUUCGACGAGCACCACGAGAUCCCGCCUUUGCCAGUCUACUGUCGCGACGUUGUCGACGAUGUUCGCCCCUCCACCCCCCAGGAUUUUGCGAAGCUCUUCCCCUCCAUGAACAGGUUAUCUAUUCGCCACGACGAGUUUACCCCCGAUGGUAACAUGAACCUAAGAGUCGACACCGUCACCCCAGGCCGUCGCCCCUUCACCAUGCAGCUCUUCCACAUGCGCAUGUACGACCUCAGCAAGCGCGAGUUCUCCCUCAGACGAUACUGCCGCGACUCGGGCCGCGAGGUCUGCAACUCGAAGCGCAAGUACAUCGAGCCCGCUACCGAGGAGCGCCCCACUCUGCAACGGUCUCUCUCUAGUGCCUUUAGGACGCUCUCCACGCGGAAGCCUCUCUCGCGCACUAACUCGGGAGGUUCCUCGCUCGCCGGAAAGGAUAAAGAGGCCCAACGCCCGGGAUCCAGCGCCUCAUCCCGUGCCUCAUCCCGCGCCGGUGACGGAGACUCCUCCGUCUUUAGGCGUUCCGCUUCUUUCGAGAACAAGGCCAAGACCCGUCCUAUCCCCAGCAACACCAUGAAGCUCGAGUUCUCAAACUACGCCCGCGUCGACAUCUCACGCCGCGGUGGCAAGAACAACAAACGCUAUGAGUUCGAGUGGUGGGGUCACAAGUAUCAGUGGAAGCGUGUCAUCGACAAGAACCUCGGCGUCACUUCCUUCCACCUCGUCAAGGACGGCAACAAUGCGGCAGACGCCGCCGUCGCUCAUAUCGUUCCUGAGACUCGCUCACCCAACCAAGUCUACGAUGACGAGAGGGCCGGCGGCUGGGUGCCCCCCUGCCACAUGUGGCUCAGUGACCGCAGUGUCAUUGAGGCCGUCACUGACGUUGCCGACGUGAUCGUCGCGACUGGCCUUAUGGCUCUUGUCGAUGACUGCAUCAAGGACCGCUGGCAAGUCAAGAAGGUCCACCGCAUCCCUGUGCCUUUGACCACGAAAACGGUCGACGUCGAAGGACCCCGCGCCUUUAUGCACCACCUUUUCCAGCGCCGCGCCUCGGACCAGCAGUCCAGCCCCUUGCGGCAUCGCCCCAUCUCGACAUACUGA